ACCUUAUGUUAUUCUAAAUUGUAGACCUCCGCAUCCACCUCCAGUGUUGGAUCUUAGAGCCAUCAUGGACAUGGAAGCCAGCUCUGCGCAGACCCUCAAACCAGCUCCUAAAAGCCUAGCAAGUGUUGGUACCCUCUGCAAAUAUUCUCCUACUCCUAUGAAAUUGUCCCAAAAGCAAAGGAAGAUGUUGGCCUUGGCCAAUAAAGAGACCAGUGUGGACGCUACAGCAUCCAAACCCACCCCCACAGUCACACCAUCCAAAAACAGCAGUGGGAAGACCUGGGCAACAGCACUCCAGUCCUUACCCUCACCUUGCUCAUUCCGGGCGCUGCUCGAGGAGGAGGAGAACAUCUUCAUCCGAGCGGGGCAGCCGGGAACUCACAGUUGCCAAAGUGCUCAAGCGUUACCUGUCAGCGUUACACCUGUUAAUAAGAGGGUGACGUUCAAAUGUGCUGAUGGCAGUGAGCCGGAGAAACCUGGAGUGCCUGUUCGAGAGGCUGCCAUUCCAUUGAUUGAAGAGAGGGCUAUUCAAGACCUUCUGUUCCAUUACAAGGCCUAUGACAACCCUGAUGAGCUGAUCUUGGUGGAGAGGGCCUCCUCGCGUCCCAUGGCAGCUCCAAUAUGGAACAAACACUGA